AUGGCACCCAAGGCCGAGAAGAAGCCAGCAGAGAAGAAACCAGUGGAGGACAAGAAGGCCGAGAAGGCUCCGGCAGAGAAGAAGCCACGGGCCGAGAAGAAAUUGCCCAAGGACGCUUCUGGAACUGACAAGAAGAAAAAGAGAACGAAGAAGAGUGUGGAGACUUACAAGAUCUACAUCUUCAAGGUUCUCAAACAAGUUCAUCCAGAUAUUGGAAUCUCCAGCAAAGCUAUGGGAAUCAUGAACAGUUUCAUCAACGAUAUCUUUGAGAAACUCGCUCAAGAAGCCUCUAAGCUCGCUCGCUACAACAAGAAGCCAACCAUCACUUCUCGGGAGAUUCAGACCGCCGUUCGGCUUGUUCUUCCCGGUGAGCUUGCUAAGCACGCCGUCUCUGAGGGUACCAAGGCUGUUACUAAGUUUACCAGCUCUUAGAUCUGGUUGAAAUCUUUAUUUCGAUUUAGGGUUUACGUUAUGUAAAGUUUUUAUUUUUAUUUUUUUUGUUCUUAUUAGGUAGUAUGGUUAGUGGUUUAUGUAGUUUUUGCUUUUUUAUAAUUAUCCCUUUUUUGUAAUUUGUGGAUUUGGUUCCAUUUGCAAUGAAAAAAAUUGUUCUUUGUUUGAAA